AUGUCGACGGUGUCUGUUGCGCUGAUGCGCUUUCCGUCGACACCUUCGAUGGCCGCGAUGGUGACUUCUCCCAUGAUGCUUCUAGCCACCUUGGAAACGGUUGUUCCGCGUUUGACAAGCGUGCAGUCUCUAAAGACGCUUGUUCCCGAGCUUCCAGUGAAGGUCUGGAUGUUUCUGACUGUGAAGACGGGAAUCAGGUCGAGAACCUUGACUGCUUCCUGUAAAACCUGGACCACGCCUGUUGACCCGAAUCUGAACAGAACCAGGUCUCUAAUGGUUUCUAUUCUUUGCAGCAGUUUCUCGUCGAGCGGUCUGAGAUCACUUCCCGGACCAACAUCUUCCAAGGUGUCUAUGAAUUCGGUUCCUUCCUCGUAUUUGAUGUAG